UGGCAAAGGCGGGGUAGGGGCCGAGUUGAUGACGCUCCACCUGGCCACGCGGCGCGACCAGCACAUAGACCCGAUGUUCCACAUCACGGUGUUGCCAGUGGUCAAGUACUGCGAGUUCGUCUGGGACGGCCGCCUGCCGCUCGCGCGCCUGCAGCACGCUUGGCAGGCCCUCGCUGCUGCCCACGUGGGCGGGCUUGCGUGGGCCUUUGGCGGCUGCCUGGAUGAGCUUCUUCAGGGCGCCAGAUCCAGAGCCAUCAUGACUCGGCACUGGCUGGGGCCACGCUGCGGCACCGUGCUCUGCGGCGUGUGCUGGCGCCCCCUAUGGGCGGCGCUGGUUGGUGCGCGUGCGGGCUAUCUUCGCAAACUCUGGGCCGGGGCCUCGUGGAACCUGGCCAAACAGCACGAGAUGGGCCACGUCUCCAGCCCACAUUGCCCGUUCUGCCUUGGCCAGGUCGUGUGCACGCGAGGCCACCAGUUCUUUGGCUGCCCGCACAUUCUGGCGCAGGGCGACGGCGACGACGGGGGCGAGCUCCAGGCCUUCAGCGAGCAGGGGGCGAAGGUGCGUGAGCGCAUGAUUAACGGGGUCUCCGUUGGCCUUGGGGGCCAGGGCUGCGACCGCUUUGACUUGGUGGUUGGCCUUCCGCUCGUCCCCUACGACUUCCCUAAGCCUGCGAUGGACGCAGAUGUCCACUUCUGGGGCGACUGGUGCUCCCGCGCCAGGUGGCGAAGCACGGUGGCCAACAGCGACGGCUCUGGCUACGACACCUCCUGGCUCGAGCUCUGCAGGUGCGGCUGGGCGGUGGUCCAGAUGAGCACCGACAUCUUGCCCAUCCGUGCCAUCUACGGUGCCUUGCCUGGGCGACGACAGGCAGUGGGGCGGGCGGAGCGCUGGGUCUUCCUGCAGCUCUUGAGGCACAUGCCGUACGUCACCCACGUGAUCACAGGCCUGGCCUUCCUCGCCGCGGAGAUUAACGAGUGGCGCGAGGACCUCGCCAGCUCGCGCGGCCAGUGCGCGGGCAUCUGGCGCAAGGUCUUCCAGAUC